CCAAUCCAGAAACCUGGUUUGAUCAAUCGCCACGUCUGCCAUUGCAUCGAUUGCCGCAAGAUUGGCUCGGCCUUCUUCCAAUCCAACAUCACCGUGGCAGAUUUUCAAGUCAAGUACAUCCGUGGCGAAGAUAACCUCACAACCUUCAGCGAGAUUAGAACGGUGCGUGCGAAUGCACUCAUGACGAAUCACUUUUGCAAGCCCUGUGGGACUCUAAUGUAUCGUUGUGGAGCUCGGUGCCCGGGAUUGACGAUUCUGCGUACUGGGACAGUUGAUGAUGGUUUGCUGGCGGAGACGACUCUG